GUCUCCACUGCGGAGACGUCCUCACCAAGUAUAAGACAGAGCUUGGUGCUUCCGUACAUGUGCGCCAUGGACGCAUGGCCAUGUUCAGGUCGCUUCUGUUUCUAGCGGCGUGCGCUUCCGUCUCAGCCGACGUCGACUACUCACAAUAUGUCAACGUCCUCGCCGGUACCACCAAUGGCGGGAACAUGUUCCCAGGCGUCGCAGCACGUCCAUUUGCCGUCGUCAAGCUCGGUCCUGAUUUCACGUACGGCAAGGCGGAGGCAUACUCAGGCUACCUGCCGGACGCCGGCGCUGCGCUGACUGGCUUCUCGUUGCUGCACGAGAGCGGCACCGGCGGUGCUCCAAAGUACGGGGUCGUCUCUCAACUGCCUGUUCCUGGCGCUGUGCCCAACCCUUUAGCGGAUUUGUCUGUCAAGCGCGCCCGGGGCGAUCAAGGCUCGGUAGGCUACUUCAACUCCACGCUGGAGAACGGUAUCACGGUCGAGCUGGCAGGGACUACGCAUGCGGGCUACUUCGAGUAUACUUUUCCCGCAGGCCAGACUUCAAACGUAGUAGUGGACGUUUCCCAUGUCCUGCCGUCCUACCGUGGCAUGAACUGGAGCCAGCGUUACAAGGGAGGCUCAAUCUUGAUUGCUGCUGAUGGCCACUACGAAGGCAACGGAACGUACAACAACGGCUGGAAUCUGGCCCCCGAUUGGACAGUUUAUUUCUGUGGCAGAUUUGACCAGCAUUUCUCUGCGCGAACCUUCGCUGGGCAGGGCAGCAACCUCACUCAGUACGGACAAAGCGCAUCGGUGACGAGCCAGGACCGCGUGGGCGCCGUGUUCACGUUCAACACCACCAAAGUCACUUCCCGAGUAGGUGUCUCAUGGAUCUCUUCGGAGCGCGCAUGCGAGUUUCUUGACGCUGAAAUUCCAGCGGGCACGACGCUGUCGUCAUUGGUGGAAAAUUCAAAGGCAGUAUGGAACCAGGAAGUCUUUAGCAAAAUGACGACAAGUGACACGAACACGAGCACUUUACAACUUUUGUACACGUCCUUGUACGGCAUGCACUUGCUUCCCUCGAAUCGAACGGGCGAAAAUCCGAUGUGGGAGUCAAGCGAGCCAUACUACGACGACAUCUUCACUUUUUGGGACUUGUUCCGAUGCACGACACCGCUCUUUCACAUUCUCCAACCUGUCGCGUAUGAAGAACUGCUCAGGUCGAUAGUCGACGUCUGGCGACACGAGGGCUGGCUUCCCGAUGCCAGAUCGAGCAACUUCAACGGGAAAACUCAAGGCGGCUCCAACGCAGACAAUAUCCUUGCUGACGCCUAUGUCAAAGGUCUUCGGGGACAGAUCAAUUGGGACGACGCAUAUGCAGCGAUGCAGACGGACGCGGAGAAAGUUCCACCAAACAACCACGACCCAGCCGCCCCGGACAGCAGCACUGCGCAGGGAAGGGGUGCUCUCCCGGACUGGCUUCAAUAUGGCUACAUCACGCCCAAAUUUACACGAGCAAUAACGCGGGCGGUGGAGUAUGCAGGAAACGAUUUUGGGCUUCACCAAGUCGCGCUUGGUCUCAACAAAACGAGCGACGCUUUGAAGUAUCUGCGUCGCUCGAGACAGUGGAGGAACCACUUCAACCCAGCCGCUCAGUCCUUUGGAACGUCCGGCUUUCUGGUGCCCCGUCUACCCGACGGAUCGUUUAUCGAGCAAAAUCCAAUGAACUGCGACGGCUGUUACUGGGGUGCACCAUACUACGAAGGCAGGCCGUGGGAGUACACCAUGAACGCACACCAUGACAUGGCGAAGUUGGUCAACCUCAGCGGCGGUGCCGACGCUUUCGUGCAGAGGCUCAACACGCUGAUGGAUCCUUCGAAGAACAUUUUCAACCCGGGCAACGAACCUAGCUUCACGACGCCGUAUCUUUACAACUUUGUUGGAAGGCAGGACCUGACGGUGCAGCAGUCACGGCAGGUAGCCAACAUGUAUUAUAACGCUGGCCCGGGUGGCCUCCCCGGUGCAAGCGAUGCAGGCGCCAUGCAAAGCUGGAUCCUGUGGAACAUGAUCGGAAUGUACCCGCUCACCGGGCAAACGACGUUCCUCGUCGGUAGCCCAUGGUUUCGAAAUCUGACCAUCAAAACGCCGAGCGGCCAAGAUCUCAAGAUAACCUCUACUGUGGAAGGAGGCAAGGACUCGGACUAUUACGUCCAAAGUCUCCGAGUCAACGGCGCAGCCUGGAAUAAGAAUUGGGUCACUUGGGACGACGUCUUCGCGAAUGGUGGAACCAUGGACUUCGUACUGGGCAGCUUGCCGGUCCAAUGGGACACGGGCGAGUUGCCGCCUAGUCCUGCCAGUGUUAUCCAUGAAGCUGGUGACAAUGGCGAGCCGGCAACUGCCGUUCCGCUGGGAAAGACGGUGCCCGCACCCAUCGUGAGACGUAGAAGAGAUCCGCGGAUCCUCGCAGCUAUAAUUGUCAUGUCCAUCGUAGGCUUUUUACUGCUGGUCGUGGCCACGCUAGCCUAUAUGCGGUGGACCAGGACGGGGUUGUUCAAGAAGACACGCAAAAUCGACGCUCCUGACAAGGCUCCAAAGGACGGAUCUUCAACAUCGCAGAAGGAAGAGGACGUCGUCGUCGUCGCAAGCCAAGACGGCGAUGGGAACAAGGAGCCUGAGCAGUAGGGCACCGCAUGAGCAGAGGAUCAAGGCCAAAGAUAGGCAUGGUUUACCCCCGCAUAUCUUGCAUCGUGUCGUUUUAUCGUAGCGCAUCAUGAUACCCUUAGCAUAGACCUGGAGUUUUUGUAAAAGUCGAAAGAUCAUUUUAUCGCAUGGUUGCGACCACAACGA